UAUAACAUCCGGUGCUAUGAAAGAGUGACAGCGUGACAAAUAUUUCGUCAAUUAACAGUGGAUCUGGGGCUCUAUGAAAGUUACUUUUGUGACGGAAAUAGUUUAAAUCAAAAACUGUCAAAAUGAUGCAAGUAACAGAUUUUCAAAAAAUUGGAGUGGGCUUGGCUGGAUUUGGCAUCGCCUUCCUGUUUCUGGGUGUCAUGUUCUUAUUUGACAAAGGUCUGCUUGCAAUUGGCAAUAUUUUAUUCUUAGCUGGCCUGGCAUUCGUCAUCGGCUUGGAGAGAACAGCCCGAUUUUUCUUCCAGAAGCAUAAAGUGAAGGCAACAGGGUUCUUCCUCGGGGGCAUCCUGGUGGUCCUCCUGGGGUGGCCGAUGGUCGGCAUGUGUGUGGAGAUGUAUGGUUUCUUCUUGUUAUUCAGUGGAUUCUUCCCUGUUGCUGUCAACUUUUUAAGACGUGUACCAGUUGUAGGAACAAUAUUGAAUCUACCGGGAAUUAGAUCUUUUGCAGAUAGAGUGGGAGAGUCUGGCUCUAUGGACAAGGUGUAAUCCCAUUACGAAUAAAGACAGAAUCCACCAAGAUGCUCAAAGCAAAUUACACCCACAUUCAUAUGUAAAUAGUGAUAUUUCCAUGUACACUUCCAUUAUUAUAUCGUCACGUGGAUUCCAUAAAUUGUCACCUCCGUACAUUAUUCACCCCAAACCAUGGCCCAGAAAUACAAAGGAUUCUACAUAGACACCCAACUUGGAUUUAAACACUUUCCUGCAGCCAACGCUUUUUCCUGCAGCCCACGCUUUGCACUUUCUAAACAAUCUACCCCUGAAGAUCCGGGUUCGAAUUGAGCAACCCGUGCUUGUCGUAACAGGCGACUAACGGCUGUCAGGUUGUCUGACUUGGUUCGUUCAUGCACGGACUUGUAUAUAUAGGUCCGUGGUUCAUGUCUACGUUCCCAAUUGCGUAGAUCGAUGCUCAUGAUAAAAAAAAGAGAUUGGCAUCCUCUUAGCAUAGACCUACGGAGAUCGUAGCACUAAGAUCGCUUUUUGGUCCGAACAGAACUGUAUAUCACCUUCUAAGUAAGAAACAUUGGUUUCUCCACACGACAUUUUCCUUGGCAACAGAGCCACAAGGUUCAUCUUGGCCCGGCACUAUUCGUGACCACUCGUGUCAUUCCGGGACAAGACGGAAAGGGACGGGUCGAGCCGAAGAGGUGUGUGGCAUCCGGUUAUUAAUCAGAACAUCAACACCUGAUCAAGAUGAUAAGUGUCACCAACGACAAGGGUACGCCGUAUCUGGAUAUCAUGUUCAUGUUGUAUAAAGGAUAUAUCACAGAGAAAGUCAAUAAAACACAAAUGUACAGUUU